AAAUCUCGACAUAAUCACCGCCGGUCCAUCCGACAUCGACGCGUUGUCAUCAGCAUUUGGAUCGCGAACGCUUUGAGACGCGGUCGCAGCAAUAGGACCGCCGCGUUCACAGCAUUCACUUGGUCGUUGCACUCAGUCUUGAACUCAUCGUUUGCGCACCUGCCCUCCCGACACGACCAUGCCGCGACCACCGGACAAUUACACUCACGCGCAAUUUGAGCCCGUCGAAAGUGAGCACCAGGGCGAGACAGUGCAAUGCAUCCACUGCCGCAACUGGACAGGCUCCAUCAAGACACUCAACCGCAAGAAAGCCCAUCUCCUGAAUUGCACGCAGUACGCGCAGUGGCGAGCAGCAGGAAACGGACAGGAUUUAGCGCCCCCUAAUAAGUACAACAAGCGCGACUCCGACAUGGGCGGCUGGCACGCGAUGGAGGGCGAUGCCGCUCACGGUUAUCACAGCAGUCCAUAUGCACCACAACAAUUCGCGACGCCCGUCGCGCGUACGAGGGGCUUGGACACCACCAAGUACUUCGACGAAUUCUGGGACGACACCAGCGGGCAGAAAUGCAUGCGCGUGCGAUGCAAAAGCUGCGGCUUCGUCCGCGCAAAGAACACGACGAGACAGGUGGAGCACCUGGCGCUCUGCCAGGACUUCCUCAACUCUCCGGAGGGCCAGCACGCAGUCGAUUCAGGCGAGCUCGAACUCGCACCGUCGGCACCAGGACCGACUCCAUACAACAACUCAGCGACUGGAGCAGAUAUCUGGAGGGGCAGCAGGCCGAACCCGAACCUUCUCGUUGGCAACCGCCCAUCGAACGGCGCCGUGAAUCAUAUGAGGCCCCCGCAGCGCCCGAAUCCAUCCCUGGUCAACCAUCUGCUCAACAAGUGGCCGGAGAAGUUCACCAAAGCGACCCAGCUGCAAUUCCUGAGCCACGCGGGCUGCGGAACUCUAUCAGCCCCAGCGCUUUCGCACUGGCUCGGGCAGAACGGGCACAUCUCACGCGCGAUGAUAGCAUUCAUUGGCAACCUGAUCGGCAAAGUGCGCCUACCAGACGUGCCCGACAGCAAACAGUCUACCCAGUUCCGCGCUCUCGAUUUGCUAAUCUCGACGGUAUCUAAUCUCCGCAAGGAGAUCGACUUCAUCGAGAACACGAAGCGCAAAUACGGCAUUCACACGGACAACGAGCCCCCUCUGCCCAUCACCAAGGCAUACGUCGACCUCCUGACGUCUUCGGCGGAAUCUCGCAGCUCCCUACUGGAAGGAAUGGUAGCACUUUGGGCUACUGAACACUGCUACUGCGCUUCUUGGCAAUACGCAUCGACUUUCGCAUCCAACGUCCCUGCUUCCAACUACUCCGUCCCAUCGUACCUCACCGGCAGUGGCGUCAAUUACGGCGGCGAACCAACCCCUUUCCGCGCCAAUGGCGGCGCCGGCAACAACGAUCAACACAUAUCCGCACUACAAGAAGCACUCAUCCCCAACUGGACCUCACGCGAGUUUGCAAAGUUCGUGGAAGCAUGCAGAGCGAUCGUUGAUGAACUCGCCAAUGCCGAGACUACAGGAAGUGGGCGUGAGCAGCUUCUUCGGUGCGAAGGAGUUUUUCAACAGGUUGUCUUUCUUUGGGAACGCAUUUGGCCGGAAGUCAACGGCAUGGGAGAAGAGGAUGGCAUUGGAGAUGGCACACCAGCAGAAUCGCCAGCGAACCAACUCCGCCCACAAAGCAGCAGCCAUGGCGCCGGACCUGCAGGUAACAAUGGCACCGCGGAGAAGAGCAAAUCGGAGCCAAUCGAGAUCGAAGAUGACGACGAUGAAAAUGGUCACUCUGAUGCUCCGAUGGACAACGUCGACUCUCCGUUUGGUGGAACAGGUCUGGGCGCCGUGGCAGCGGCCAACCAGGGCGCAUAGGAUUGGGUUGUUUUUGGGAGAAAUUGCUUGUAAAAUAGGUAUACCCAUCAUUGCAAUUGAGAUUUUGUCACAC